AUUUGUACCAUUGCACUUAUAUGAUAAACAUUCAUUAUUUGUAUACUGUACAAUUACAUUCUCUUCUCUACAAUAUAGGUCCCUUCACAAGGACUAGAAACACCAGCAGAUUAUAUUCAGGAACUUCUUCGAACUGAUGUCUCAUCUGAACACCUUCUUCGAUCUUUACGUUCAGCACGUGUUUCACUAACUGGAAGACCACUUGGGUAUGAUUUAAAGGAUUUUUUCCUUGCUUUACAAUAAUUUUAAUGUACAGAUACAGAUUUUAGUUUAUUUUCUCAAUCUGCCGUAAGUUGUGGUGGCAUUGUUUACGUUUAACAACAUUCUAUGUUUAAACUGUCACUACUCACUAGGGACAAUUUGAAACCGCACUAGGUAGUAGUUGAAACAGAAGAGAAACUCAGUGUAACAUAACACAAUUGUUCCCUCGAUGCAUGAUGUUAAAUGAGAUGUUUUCUGAGUGCGACACCUUCCAUCAGCUCCCAGUAACUUAAGGACUUUUGAGCAUCUCACUCGAUUGAACUUAAUUUUGUAGAGUGUAAAUUUUGAGUGUAAAUUUUAUACAGUCCUUCAUUUAGACCUAGCCAGGAGAGAGAUAUCCCAAAGUCCUGAUAUUUACCCAUGUAUGAUACCAUUCCAUCACCUUAGUAUAUAUACACAUAAACAUGAAGUUGGAUCUUGGCAACUGGACUCUGGUUGGUUAGAGUGCUGCACCAGAAUCCGGUCCACUGGUUCAACUCUUGGCAGAGGGCCCAUAGUUAUUUUUUGCAGAGAUGUAUAAAAUUUACUUUCCAAAUUUCCACGUACAAAUUUCCAGUACUUACCACACUGUCCAGUUUUGAGGCUCACCAAAGGCACAGAAUACUACACAGAAGUCCAUCUCCAUUGUUUUUAGCGUAAGCUCUAUUCGUCAUGAUUCGUCACUCAGCAAGUACCGUAAACAGAAGCCGUCACCCCCCUGGAAAUACUAAAAAUGGCGCAUGUCCAGGGGGGUAACUGCUUCUGUUUACGGUACUUGCUGAGUGACGAAUCAUGACGAAUAGAGCUUACGCAAAAAAACAAUGAAGAUGGACUUCUGUGUAGUAUUCUGUGCCAAAGGGUUCUGACAGACAGGUGACAUUCCUUAAAAUGAGAUGACAGACUACUAUGUAAAAAAAGCGAACUGGAAAAAAGCGACAAAUUGGGAUUUGUGUUAUAGGUCAAAAGUGAGAGCAACAUUUAUUACAAUAAAACAAGCGACAAAGUAGCUACAAAAUGAGUGAAAAGCGACCUGGGUUAGGUGCUUGGUGGGCUUCAGUUUUACCUGAAACCACAUGAUAUGUGGAAUACAAAUAGGCUCACAUGGGCUGACACGCUGGAGUUGGCACAUCGAGGAAUCAAACCUGGGAUUUCCAGACGACUGAGCAUGCCAGUAGAUUCUAUUUAUAAUUUAACAGCUUUAUUUGGCACGCCUGCAAAUAGCCAUAAAUUAUUGUACAUAACUGCAUAGCACAUACUAACACAAGAGUAACAAUUUAUGCGGAAGGUUUUCGGAGCCAAGGGCUUGUGGAGCUGUGAGCCAGUAACUCCAGGUUUAGAUUGCUAACUCUGUCCACAUGAUUUCUGGAAUUAGCCUGUGACUCUAGAAUUCAUGUUUUGAAGCGCAAACCUUUUCAAUUGGGUGAAAAUAAAUUAUGCAUUUAAUAAUGGUGAGCAUACGUUAGAAAUACAAAAUCUUUCAGUUCAUUUACACUUCAUUGACUAUUUGCAUUCUAUUUUUUCAUUAGGUGGAUUCAAGGUUUUGGAGAAGAGGGAAUGAAUUUAUUGCUAAAACAUUUAAGAGAACACAGAGUGAAGUAAGUCGACUCAUUUGUAACGAACAACAAAACAUUUUUUAUAAUACAGUAUUUGUAAAUUCUGAAGGCUGAUUGGCUAAGAGCCGUGUUGAUAUAACUCCAUGUCAACACGGAAACGUCGGAAAAUUUCUUUCUGUGUGUUUCUUUGUGUUUCUUCCGUAUUGAUAUACAGUUAUAUACACUUCGGGCGUCGUGUUUCCACACAAUUUCUCGUUUUCCCAAUUGCCACUCGUGUUGCAUAUCAACACUGUUGAUAUAACUGUAUAUCAACACGGAAAAUGUUUUAUAUUUGUUAAAUAUCAAACAGUGUGGUAACAGUAUAGUACCAUCAAACAAUAUUAUACCUCAAAUUCAAAUUGUCCAAUCAAAAAGCUAAGUUUGUGUUACGUCAUUGUAUUUGACCGUAGCGGGUGAUUUCAAUCAUAUCACGCGGGUGAUUUGAUUAUUUUGCGUACACCACGCGCAGCGAUCACGUAAACAAGAUGGCUGACAAAAUUUACUAAGGAGUGAUGAAUUAUUCAGUUUUUAAACUUCAAAAAGCUCGUUUUUGUUUGAAAUUUUGAAGCGAAUUUUGAAAAAUGUUAUCAAUAUUGUAAACGAUAUGUGAUUCGAAAUACUUGCGUUAAUCAAAAGAUAAAACAUAUUAACGAAGGUUUGUGGCAAGUUUUGUAUUUUCAACUUGGAGGCUUUCAAAGCCCCAAGGGAAAUAUCAUCACUGAGGGUAAUAUUUCGCCUAAUCCCCCGAGCGGAAGGUCUAAAAAUUAUAAAUGUACAUUACUAUCAAGCAAUGUACAGUACUAUCAAACAAUGUACAUUACUAUCAAGCAAUGUACAGCACUAUCCAACAAUACACAGUACUAUCAAGCAAUGAACAGUACUAUCAAACAAUGGUGAUGAAUAUAUUGUGCUUUCUCUCUAUAGAACUGGUCCAAUACACCAUAAAAUUCAACAUGAAAUUAUCAAGUGCCUGAAAGCUUUUAUGAAUAACAAUGUAAGUCUUUUUUCAAGUACAAUUACGACUAACAUUUCUAUAGCGCAAAUUUAACAUUUGCAUAUGAUCAAAUGUGCUUUACAUCAAGUACUACGCUUACUUACUGUAAUUACAUACUUAGCCUACACUGCAAAAAAAUGCCUAGCCUGUUACAAUGUUGUUGAAAACAGGCCUGAACAAUAUUUUGCUGCCCAUAUUGUUCCUUGUUGUUCAUUUGUCGUUUGAUCUGUCUUUCAUUUUAAACACUUCUACACAUGCAUGUCCCUUUCUUUUUAACGCAUUAACAAGAAUAUUGAAGUAGACGUUUGAGCUUGUUAACUGGUUCCGACAUUCUCAGUGUAUGCAUGAUUUAUCCUUAGUUUGGUUUAAACUUGAUGAUGAAAAGUGAAGAAGGUGUGUUGUUGAUUGCGAAGUCAAUGUAUCCUGAAGAUACCAGCAUGAUGACAGACGUUGUCAAACUCAUGGCAGCUCUGUGUUUAGUUGAGUAUGUGCGAUAAUAUUCAUUCUGCAUGUAUAGUAUACAAAUAAUGAAUGUUUAUUCGUGCAAUAGUAAGAAUAUUCUCAUGAGGUGAAAGAUGGAAUGUUCCAUUCAACGAGGCGACGCCUCGCGAAAAGCAUUUUGACGGUGCGAUUUAUCCAAAAUACAAAGAGUGCAAUGGAAUAAAACGUAUAGUACAAUUGCACUCGCGAAGAGUGCAAUGGAAUCAACGAACAUGUAAUCAACGAACAUGUUGGCCCACAAUAAACGUUCAGUUCGCAUCGUGUAGACAAAAGAUUGUUGCGAUCUUACGUGGAGUCUUUAACUCAAAAACAAUGUUAGAAGCAACGUGAAUACUGCUGUCACUGGUGCCCAAAUCUCAUGAAGACUGCCAAGUUUUUGAAUGAGACACCAAACGUCCAAGCAAAGAGCUUCGAUCGAUCUUUUUCAUAUAUAUGCAGUUCAAUCCAUACGGUCGCAGGGUAUUUUUCUUAGGACCGAUAAAUGGCUCCAAAAACUCAAUUUUGAAUUGAGUUAUGAUAUACUCAAUCAUCUCAUCAAAAGUUCCAGUGUAAAAAUAAAGUUGUUUGAGUUAAAUUUGUCACGUAGAAAUACUUUUUCCUGCCAGAAACCCAACCCGUGAGAAAAGAAACCCAACAUAACAUAGUACAUACCACUGGAAAAAAUUUUGAAAAUCCAUAGAAGGUCAUAGAAUGGAAAUUGUAUGGACCUUUAUUGGAAAUAGAAUGGAUUUUGGUUAUCCAUAAUAAUUGUAUAUUCCCAUACUAUGGAUAUAGUAUGGAAAUAGGCUGGAUAUACUAUGGAUUUAUUGGUGCAAUUGCAAAUUUCGUAGUAUGGAUUUCAUAUUUUUUUUCCAGUGUACCAACCUCGUUCCCAGGGUCUCUUUGAGUACAAACCGCCUGUAUUUCGUUACACAACACAAAAUUUUGAGCUUUUCUAAAAAAAACUGUAAACAGUAAUUCUGUAAUUCAACCAAGUACCAGGUAGGUACGCUGUUGAUAGACAUGCAGAAAAUUCCAAAACCAUGUCCAUGUGACCAAGAACGUUCCCGUUGCGUUGGGACAUAUAGUCGUAUGUAUGUUGUCCGCCAGACCAACACACAUAACAUGUUGUAUCCGUUUUUAAUGUGUUUAAUCGUUAUUCUAGUCACUCCAAAGCUCUUCAAGUGAUGACGAUUCAUGGUGAAAGCAAAGAGAAUGACAAACGGGGAAGAUUCUUUAACGUUUUGUACGCUUUAAAGAACAGUGACAGUGUACAACUUAAGGUAGAUACUUUUCCUUCUGCAUGUGAUAAACAUUUCGUAAACUUCGUAGUUUAUUCAGAAAGAACGGUUUAGGCUCAAAACCGUCUGGAAAAAAACGAAAAUUUUUUUUAUAACUUACGUACGUCAAAAUAUACUGUCUAGUAAUACUACAGUUGUAUAAAUUAAACGUCACGCUACACAUUUAGUUUUAAAAACAGUUGUAUUAAUGGUAUAGUACUGCCUUAUUAUUAUGUAAGCGGUAAGCCAGGCCCGUUAGGUGUGCUAUUGUCACGUUUUUAACGUUUGGAAGUUCGUCAGAAAACGUUGAAUGCGCCGUGAUUUUGACAAGGUGUUGUCAUACAGCGGUAUAGUGGGUUUCAAACAGUUUUUUCCCGGUUUUGUCGGGUUUUUUUUUGCCUAGAACAACAUCGGUUGAAUCGGUUUUCAAAAAAUAUCGUUUUUUUCCGGUUUAUCGAUUAACCACCUCGCCCUAGUUGAAAGGUUUGUCAAAGCAAUACUAUAUAGCACUAUUUUCUUGUCCACAGUGCAUUGAACUGUUCAAUAAGGAUAAUUUUUGGGGGGAAUUUUUAGGUGGCGUGUGUGCAGUUCAUUAAUGCCCUCGUGAGCAAGCCAGAUGAUUUAGACUUCAGACUUCAUCUGAGAAAUGAGUUUUUGAGACAAGGAUUAACGGAGGUGUUAAAGGUAUUAUUUUUCUACCAUUUUUUUUUUACAGUCGAGGCGGGAUCUCGCUUAGGCGGGUCAGCUCGGUUCCAAUAUACUGUAUAAACGUAAAAUGAAAUUUAGUAAGAAAUAAUAUGGGAUGUUGGGUACUCGAGCUGACUCGCCCCAUAUAAACGGCCCCUAUAAGAUAGGUCACUUGUUAAAAAAAUGGUCGAUGGGCUGACUUUUUACAGUAUACAGAAGUGUUAGAGUAAACUUCAAUGCAAGAAGGUAACAAGACUCGUUCAGAUGACAAUAUUGCAAUAUCGUUCAGGAUCUUCGUGAUAUUGGGAAUGAUGAACUCAAUGUGCAACUUGACAUCUUCGAAGAACAUAAGGAAGAUGAUUUUGCUGAACUGUCUCACAGAUUAACAGAUAUACAAGUCAAUUUUGAGUAUCCUUUUAUCAAUUCACAGAUGAGAAGACUAAUUAGUAUGACAGCCACUAUAUCAGUAAUGUCAGAAUUGACGUCCAAUAGCUAUGAAGGUCGUAAACAGUUUGUCAUAACAUCCCCCCUCCCCAGCUAAUUCCAGGUUUUUCUAAUGGACCGUGUCGCUAAACAAGUUAUAAAAGUCUCACUGGAUCGCUAGUCCGCGAAAAUAUUUUUCUUGUUUGCGAAUCUAGUGUUGAAAUCCCGUAACAUGGCGCAAGUCUCAUUUGAAUCUCUAGGGAUUGCUUGCACACCACUGUUUGGACUCAAGAAAUCGGAAUUGACUCCUUAAAGGAUUAGUGUCAGGGUCAUGCAUUGCGGGCUUUUGUUAUUGUUUACAUUUUACUCAAAUACAACAAAUAGCGAUAAAAAUACCUUGUUUGGCACAUUUCUGAUACAAAUCACACAAAAAGAGCAAGGAUUAUAAAAGGAUGGUUUAAAUAUAUGACGGAUUGUAAAAGCUUUCCAGAUCAUCUAAUCCAUUCGUCCUGAAAAAUGGCCGCCAGCAGGAGUUUGAGCCCGCGAAUUCCUGGUGUGACACUAAUCCUUUAACUAUAAAAAACUAUGAGCUACCUGGUUCUCGAAUAAAAAUUCAUCCAUGUUGUUACGGUUAACUUGUAUAAACAAUCUUGUUAUCAGCCUUAAUAGCAUCUUAGAGAACCAUCAGAAUUAUUUCAGAUGUUGGUCAGUAUAACGAAAGACAGUGUUUCCGAAAUAGCAUUUACUUCAAUCUUACAACAUUUGCUUCUCAUUCGAGAUGAUGUUUAUGCGAGGUAAAUGUGUAUUGUUUACAAUUUAGGAAUAGACCUUAUGCAUACUGACGCCACAAGGCUUGAUGCCCGCGAGGAAUGCUGGUCUUAGUAGUCAUCGCCCGGGAACAUUUUAAUAGCAGAUUGUUUAAUUUUCCCGGGCGAUGACUAUUAAGACCAGCAUUCCUCGUGGGUAUCAAGCCGUGUGACGUCAUUAUGCAUAAGGUCUAUUGGGAUGGACAGUUACACCAAUGGUUUGCACUAUCAAAGUGAUCAUAGUAGAUUGCAUAGGUAAAUUUUAAGUUUUGAAGGAUUUGUAAGAAAUGUUUGGGGGAACUGACCUAGUGUUAAACACUGGCACUGUUUGAAGCGGUACGUUCUAAGCCUUAAUUCUAAGCCCGUUUUUCGCCUGUCCUAAAUUUUUUCAUUCAUCCGGUCUUGUUUGUCAGCCUUAAGAAUUUAAUUUUACCAACUGUUGUAUUUCUUCAGGACACAAUAUUUCAAUCUAAUAGAAGAGUGUGUGAGUCAGAUCGUACUGCAUAAAAGUGGCGUGGAUCCUGAUUUUGCUACGAAGAAAUUUCAAAUUGAUGUUGAAAACCUGAUAGGUACCUCAGUUUACACAAAGUGUAAUUUACACUUUCAGAUAUAUUUUUUACUUGUUUAAUAUACAACAUAUAUUUCUUAAAUUAUUGAACAAACUAAAUUUCAAAUAGGAGAUAUUUCCUUGUCGGACACUGCGCAGUGUGCUUGCUGCGUUUGCGUUGUGUGGCUUCUAGUUCAAUAACAUAGAAAGUAGUCGUUUUGAGUAAAACAAACAGAGAAUUGCAGAAAGAAAUACAUCUGUAUAAUUGACAAUUAUUCACCAAAGUGAAGCUGAAUAGUGCAAGGAUAUAAAUCGAAACGCGAAGCGUUGAGGUGAUUAUUCUUGCACUAUUCACCAACACUCAGGUGAAUAAUUGCUUUAACAUAUAUAUAUAUACCAUAACAAAACAAAAACGACCAAAAAACAACGAAAGUACUUUUAAAACAAUUUGUAUUUCAGCGUUUAAUAAUUUUAUUCAUUAGAAAUAGCUUUAAAGAAUACCACUACACACUGUUAAACAAAACUUUGUUGAUUUCUUUGUGUUUAGCGAAACCGCAGCUUCGUUUAGUGCAAAAAUUUGCUCGUCUGUAAUCAUGAUGCACUGGAUAGACCCAGCUGAAAAGAAAAACAUAAUACAUUUAUUUGUUCUUUAGAUAAUAUGGUGGAUAAAGCUAAAUUGAUCGAAUUUGAGGAGAAAGCGACUUCACUGGAGACAAAGGUUUGUUUUCAUAGAUGUAUUGUGACUUACUUCUGUUUAUAUGGCUAUACCGAACAUUAAUGUGAAAUACAAAAUACUAUACUCAAAUAUAGUGCUAUAAUUAACCUCUCUAGUAUACCUUCACACAGAAAUAAUGACACAGGUACAGUAUAAUCCCAAUUGAAAUGGCUCCAGAAAAGGCUGGUGCUACAAUUUGAUAAGUACAGACACAUGAUACAGUUACUGUAUCAGUCCCGUCUCCUGUCGUUAUUUUGUUACAUCAAUAAAAAACGAGUGAAGAAAUGAUAGUCUGAUAGGGGAAUUUACCGUCGUCCCACGAGCACUCGCCUAUAGAUCUUAAAGGAAUUAGCGACUACAUGGGAGCCAGCUUAUGCAUGGAACACUGUAGUAAGGUAGAAUCUGGUUAAUAGUUAGUGUUUUUUCAGCUUGAGCUAGAGACGACACUACGACAGGAAACGGAGGCAAAAUCCAAUUUAGCGACAAGUAACCUGGAAAAGAAAGUUGCUGGGCUUGAAAAAGAAAAUGCAGAAUUAAAGGCGGUGAGUAUGAAAGAAUUUUGUUGCCAACAAAAUCUUGAUAUUUACACAACCUACACAUGACAGUAUCCUAUAUACAUGAACUUGUGGUUAGAGCUCGACAACUGGUCUCUGUAGCUCAGUUGGUUAGAGCUCGACAACUGGUCUCUGUAGCUCAGUUGGUUAGAGCGCUACACUGGAAUCACAGGGCCACAGGUUCGAUUCCUACCAGGGACCUAUAGUUGCAUUUUUCGCAGCUGUUCCUGGUUAGGUGUAGUAAAUGUAUAAAAAAUUCCACUCGACAAUUUGUAUCUACAAGACCCUUCAUAUAUAUAUAUAUAUAUAUAUAUAUAUAUAUAUAUAUAUAUAUAUAUAUAUAUAUAUAUAUAUAUAUAUAUAUAUAUAUAUAUAUAUAUAUAUAUAUAUAUAUAUAUAUAUAUAUAUAUUUAUAUGUACUGUAUAUAUUACCAUUUCAAAACAAAGUAAAAAACUUUGAUAAAACCCAGGUAUGGCCAAGGUAUGGCCAGUAGUGUCCUCCCAUCAUAACCUGAUUAUUUUUUAAAUUUUUCAGAGACCUCCUGUUGUGAUAACAGCGCCAGCACCAGCCGGUAAGUCAUCUUACUCAACAUUCAACCUAUUGUGAUAAACACUUUUUUCAUUUAUGAUUGAUUCACUUGAAAUUCGUCACAAAUCCACGGUGGGGAUGAGCUGUGCGAGAAAUCACGCUGCCUAUUAAAUAAAUUCGUGAAGGCAGAUUUACACUGCACAACUUUUGCCUAAAACUGUCGCAUGUAACCUGCUUCCAACUUGAGUUGUACUGUGUAAAUCAAGCACACGACCCGCCUAAGUUGUCGUAGAAAUCUGCAGCCUAUUUGAGCCGCGUGAGAAAUCACAUCACGUUUUGAUCCGUGUGAUUCGUUUCGCUUCUAAUAUAUAUCUUAAUUAACCAAUAAUUAAAUACAGUUAUUUAAUCGACGUUCAUUUUAAGACCUGUUUAAUCGUCACUAAAAUAGUAUGUAUUGUAUUCAUUUGACAUUCUAACACACUGUCAAAAUAUACUGUAUAAACUGAUUAACCAUUUAACCGAAAGUGUUAAAAUACGAAUAACCUAAUUAUUUAUAAAUGAUAUAAUGAGUAACAGUGUAAUUAACCAUAUCUAAAUAUAACUAUAAAUCAGACUUAAUUUAAUUCGUUUAUAAUUACAUAAAUGAAAAGACUAAAAUUUAACAAUACUUAAACUUUGUUUUUCAGUUAGUGUGGGGAGAGUUUUAGAAUCCUUAUGGUCCUCGCAGUCACUCAGACAAUCUUCAACUGAUAGUUUAUAUGAAGAGAAAUAUCCACUUUCUUGUUCUCGUCAAUCUCGUCCCCAUUCCUUUACUUCAUCCUCGCUUUACGAUCUUGACAUUACGUCACUCUCCUCAAUCCCCUCCACUAGCUCGAUCCAGUCCGCCAGAUCUCUACGUAGAUCACGGUCAAAACUCAGUGCUAAACCCUCAGAUUCAUCAGAUGAAGAACUUGUAAUGAUGAGCUCUGUAGCACAACUGAAGUGUCCUCCCAUACAGAAAGCUAAAUUGAUGCUGGUUCCUUCACUCAAUCCUUCUGACAGCGAGCUGUCAUCCAGUACAAACACUUUGAUUCCAUCUUCUUCUGAAUAUAAUAACGGUAUUCGUUGAAUUAAUAAAAUAAUUUAUUGAAUAUUUAUAAAUAUGAUCACUUGAUUAACAUAAUUAUACCUAAUAGUGUUUGGAUACCACAAUUUUAAAUUUUAUUACAAAAAAUUAUUGCAAAUAUUAUCACAGUAUAAGUGUAUAACCUUAAUUAUUGAAUCUUUGAUUGCAGUUAAAAUUUGUUUUAAAUUUUAAAAAACCAAGUUAAAAGUUCACUUACACGAGAAGGACGAAACUAACGCAGUACUAAUCGUACAUGAAGCGAAAUUUCCAAUCAUUAUUUCUUAAUGUGUUUUGAGAGUGCUCACACUGGAUAUAUUGCCACUCUUUGACAUUUCGCGUUCACCCUACAGAGAUUACAUACUAUGCAAAAAUUGAACGAAGAUAAACAACGGCUUGAGUGAAAAUUAAGUUUAUAUUGGUUGCAGAUUCUAUUUUUCAUUUGUUAUGUAUUUGUGUAAUAAUUUGAUUUGUUAUGUAUUUGAGUAAUUUCGUUUUCUAUAAUAAUAUUCAUUUUUUGUCAUCAGGAGUACCACAACCGCCAGUACCACCAGGAGGUGUACCUCCCCCACCCCCACUCCCUGGUGGGGUACCACCACCUCCCCCUCCACCUGGAGGAGUUCCACCGCCGCCGCCACCCCCUGGUGGAGUACCACCUCCCCCACCCCUCCCAGGAGGGGUACCUCCUCCACCCCCACCACCAGGGGGAAUUCCACCUCCCCCACCCCUCCCUGGUGGAGUUCCUCCUCCUCCACCUCUCCCUGGUGGAGGUGGAGUUCCACCUCCCCCACCUCUUCCUGGUGGCGUUCCUCCCCCACCCCCACCCCCUGGUGGUGGACCACCCCCUCCCCCUGGUGCAGGUCCUCCACCGCCUCCUGGAAUGCCAAUGUUUAACAGAGGUCCACAGUUGCCACCAGGAGUUGAGCCAAAGAAGAAAUAUAAACCUGAAGUUCAAACUAAACGAGCUAACUGGACCAAGGUAGUUCAUUAUUUUCGAGUUUGUCUAGUAUGCGAGAUUGCGAGACUAUCAGCAUGUUACUCUACAAACUGAACGAAAUAUAAAUUCAUUCUAUUAUUUCUUUGCGAAGAUACAAUCCUUGAAUGACUGUGUGUUGAUGAAUAAUAUUACAUCGUGAUCACAUAUGCACUAAUGUAACACACUAACACCGCCAUCCACCAAGUUGUAUAUCCAGGGCCGUAGCGAGGGGGGGGGGGUAUUGGGGGGUGGCUAACCUCCCCUGGUUGGCCAUUCGGAAAAUUACGGCAAUAAUAGUAUAACAAAAUUUUAGUUGUUAAAUAGAGGAAAUAUAUAUAAUAUAAUUAAUAAUUGUAUUGUCAGUAUAAACUGAUUUACGAAAUCAUGGCAUUUACAUGGAUAACAUUUAACAAAUCGUCGGUUUAUUACUUCUCGGGCCGUAGCAACGGGCGGGGGGCUGGGGGUGAUGCAGCCCUCCCAAUAAUUCGCUAAUAAUCAUUCUUUUUUCAAAAUCAUGCAGACUAAUAUACCUUUAAAAUACUGACAAUUGAUUAAUUUUAAGCGGCCACAUUAUCCAUGGCAAACUGCAAAGAAUCAUAUUACCAAUACUUUCCUGCAACUUCUCGGUCCUCUCCAACUGAUAUAGUUAAUUAAAUACGCCUUCGCCCAUUUAGUACUACUAAAUUGCAAGCAAAUUGUAAAUUUCCACAUACUAAAACGCUGUUUUCUGACCAUCAGAAUUCUGUCAAGACUUCCCCCCGUUCAGAGACUCUAAAUUUAAAAAUUUUCUCGGGCCUUCGGCCCUCGAUCUCUGCCUCCCAAUCAAAAAGAGCUUCCUACGGCACUGCAUGCUUCUGUAAUAUGUCUGUGCGUAAAAUAUGCGUAUUUUUGUUUGUAAAUUGCGUCUUCAUUUUCCAGAUAACAAACACCUUCGUGGCUUCGUAUGCCAUGAAAUAUUCGGAAUUUUUUUUCGUCAUUCGGAAAUUUUUGGCCUACACCCCCCCCCAAACUAUAAAUGCUAGCUACUGCCCUGUGUAUAUCGGUAUUGUUAAGAUGAUACCACAGGUUUUGUAAGGGUUUUUUUUACAUACAGUUUGAAAAAUCGGCCGUUGCCUUUGAACGAACCACCCAAAACGUUUUCAGAGGUUUUUAAUAUCACGGAACUUAAUAAUAAAAUACAUCAAUGAUUAUUUCUUGUAAUACAUUUUCCUUAAAUUUAGAAAAGAGAAGAUUUAUUUUGCUCGUUUCCAUUGACGGAUGAAAUUAGAAAUAUAUUAUAAUCAUUAAUAGUGAUUUAUGUCAAUUGGAACGCAAACUUGCAAGUUGAUUGCCACGAUAGUUUGUCCUGAGGAAAGAGCCAACCCCGUUCCCAGGCUCUUCGCUCUUGUGCAAGGGAGAACCUGGGAACGAGGUUGACAAGAAUUAGAUUUGAUCUUGCCUUUUUUGCAUUUCAAGAGUUUUCCCGUUGGGGACUAAAAGUGUUUCGAAAUCAUUUCCGAUUUUAAUCAUAGCAAGCAUUACAUGUGGUUAUAUUUUCUCUCGUAGAUCAAGAACAAUAAUAUUAAAGAGAAUUCGUUUUGGGCGAAGGCUAAAGAAGAUAAGUUUGAAAAAGAUGAAGUAUUUGAAGCUCUGUCUAAAACAUUUGCCGCCAGAACAGCAAAAACUAAAGAUAAAGUCGAAGGUGGAAACGCUCCUGCCAAGAGCAGCAAGAAGAAAGCCAAGGCAUUGAAAGUUCUCGAUCCGAAAAGUGCACAAAAUCUAUGUGAGUUAUGAGGCUGAACCUUUUCUGAACUAUAUUGAUGUUUUCGUCGUGAUUUGUGCUGUGACGUGAAUUGAAUGUAUUUUGUUUUCAGCCAUCUUUUUGGGUUCGCAGAAAACAUCUUUUGAAAAUUUUAAAAAGAUGAUUCUGAAUUGUGAUGAAAAUUUGAAGGAGAGCGCUAUUGAAUCAUUGUUGAGAUAUCUUCCCAGUGGUGCUGAGGUUUGUCUGAUAUUUUCUAUGUGCCCAGCGGGCUGUGCCCAGUCUGUUCUGCAUUCCCACAUGCAACCUCUGUCAAUUCCAUGCGUUCACUGGACUCCACUCUACUGUGCUGUAAUCUACUCUACUGUGUUCUACUCUAGACCUUCCCUACCCUGCCCUGCCCUGCCCUGCCCUGCCCUUCUCUACUCUACCCUGCUCUGCUCUACCCUACCCUACCCUACCCUACCCUACCGAGCGAAACGAGGUGAGUUCGGGAAACCUCCAGCCACCCGAGGUGCGUCCAAUCCCGGACUCACCGAACCUGCAAGUACGUUUGGUUUUUAUCCCAUACACCGAGCCAUACACACAUUUGUAGCUCUUCGAGAUAUAUUCGUCGAUGUUUUGUCAACAUUUUCCCUGCCAAAAAAAUCACUGGGCAAGAAAAUAAUUCUUUAUCUACAUCUAGAUUACCUUUACUGCAUUUUUCUUUGGUUUUUCAUCAGUCUCAGCAAGUUAGUCACCGAAAAAAGUUCUAUAAAGCCUAGGUUUAUCGGCUAAAUCUUGUCCGCCAUAUUUGUUAUUGUAUUGCAAGUUGCAACGUGAGCAGUUUCGCGGGUGAGUUCGGCGAAAAGCAGGUGAGUUCGGGCAAAAAGCAGGUGAGCUCGAUGACAAACUCACCAGCUCUAAACCAAUCAGAAAGCCGCUUUUGACACAGGUAUGGGAUAAUACCUUAACCUACCCUACCCUACCCUACCCUACCCUAGGGACCCUACCCUACUCUACACUACCCAAUCUUACUCUACUCUACCUUACUCUACCCUAUUAAGAUAUAUUUUAUUUUAGUUAAAAAAGAUUGGUGGGAUGAAAGAUCAAUAUGAUGACCUUAAUGAAGCAGAACAAUUCGCUUGCGUUGUAAGCUUUUACUUGAUUAUAUUCUGUUAAUGUUUUAUUCAAAUUUAAAAAUAAAAUUCUUUAGAUCAGGCUGCAUUUCUCGUGUACAAUGUUAGGUCAGGAGCGGUAUGAAUAUAUACAUCCCUGAUGUUAGUUCUGAAAUAAAUCCUGGAAAGUUUCGGUCGGCUUACGACGACAAAAUUAACACUCGACAGACUUGUUAUCGUUCUGCAAUUUAACAAUUUGUCAACAAGUUGUCAGUGACAACCUUGUAGCAACUUGAUUAAAAUAAUAACAGCAUUGUUACAACGUGUUGACAAAUUCUGAGAUUUUUACGUGUGUACCCAAAGUGCAUGGAGUUUGGCAUGAAUUUUAUACAAGCCGUCCCAGGUGGGAAAGGAAAACUCUGAGAAAACGACAUGUUUGAAAACGACAUGUUUUGCGGCCACUCUUUAUAAAUUGCCACGGCAGUGAAAAUAUCAAAUUCUCUCGACAGAUAAGCAGCGUAAAGAAACUGGAAUCUCGGUUAAAAUUGUUGUUGGUGAAGAAGAAAUUCCCUGAAGAUGUUCAAGAUACUAAACCUGUAAGAUUUUCUUUGAUAAACGUCUGUACUAUUCUCCAUACCGUAUUAAGCCCCAUUACCAAAAGCAAUGGAUGCUUUCCCCUCGCUAACCUUCGCAAAGUCUCAUGACAUCAAGUUGUAAGCAGGUUGCUUGCGACAGUUUUAUUCAAAAGUUGUGUAGUGCAAAUUGGCCUUAAUAAAGUCUGACAAUGAAUAUGUGUAUUAAUGAUGCAAUCAAGACAUUCAUACAGCAGUUGGAAUUUUGUUAAUAUUCAUGUUCUGAAUGAUCAUGUUAUUAUAUAUAUUUAAUAUCAAAUCAUAUUUGAAUUACAGAAUAUUGUGAAUGCUACUGCUGCAUGCCGGGAAGUGCGAUCGAGUCAAAAGUUUGCUAAGUUUUUAGAGGUAAUAUAAACCACUGCAUUGUUCUUGUUUUCAAUAUUUGUAUUCUUAAAUUUACGAUAUAAUUGCAAUGUUUUAGUCUGUACAUUUUUAAACUGGACGAUUUGUUUCAGGUUGUUUUAAUGGUGGGAAAUUACAUGAACGCUGGCUCCAAGAAUGAGCAAACCAUUGGCUUUGAAAUGGCAUUUUUAACCAAGGUAAGGUGUUAGCACGCAAUCAAAUUGGCGGACGUCUCUUGGUAGUGAACUGAAAUUAUAACGUGUAAUGUUAAACAGGAAAAGUAUCAUUGGAACAAAAAAUCCCGUCAUGCAUCAGUCAAUUUAGCCUCUACUGCAGGCAUCUCUGUCUAUUUUUAGAAAUCAAUUUUUCGCCUGCCCGCAACGCACAGGUAACCCUGUUAACAGAAAAACCUCGUAAUAUAAAGCCGGUUUCUCACUAGCCGAAUUCACACGAAACGAUGGCGAAAAAUAAUUUGGAAAAUCGACUUUUUAGAGAUGUUUGCAACAAGGCUAGACUAGUCGCUUGUUGUCAGUUAAACAAAGAAUUAGAAUAAAUUUCCAAAACAAGAUGUGCAAAAUGAUUGCAACUUAAUGCCUAGGGAAUACUUACUAAUGCCCAGGAGGUACUUAGUUCUUCAAUGUUCAUCAUGUGUUUUCUAGUUAAGUUCGACCAAAUCGGUGGAUGGUAAACUUACUUUGUUACAUUUCCUGGAAGAAGUAAUAUCAGCCAAUUAUCCUGAGGUUGCUGGCUUUGAGACGGAAAUCAAUCACGUCGAAGCUGCGGCGAGAGGUAUGGGAAGAAAGUAUACUCAGGCGCUUCUGUUAUGCAAUUCGAAGUAAUUCGGGCACUGCGAUUCACACGUAAACCCAGGCGGUACACACGUAAAAACGCACAAGUUGUAACAAACCUGCUAGCAAUGCUGUUGGUUCUCACUGCUUGCUACAAGGUUGUUGAGCUCAACAGACUUGUUCCAACAAACAUGUUAUCGUCCUGCAUUUCAACAAGUUGUGAGUGACAACCUUGUAGCAACUUGAUAAAAUAACAGCGUUGUUACGACUUGUUCACAAGCUUGCUACAAGCCUGUUGCGAACACAUCUUGUCGACAAGUAACAAGUAGUGAGAUUUUUACGUAUGUACAAGGCUGAUUGGUUUAUAAUUACUACUGUUCCUAGCUCUUGUCAACAUUUCAUGCCACACGAAGUUGAGUAUCUGCAAAGUAUACAACAAAAACAUUUGUAUUUGUUAUUUCUAGUUUCUCAAGACGUACUUCAGAAGGCGACCAAGAGUAUGGAAACAAAUUUAUCAAAACUGGAGCGAGAAUUAGAAAGUGCUGAAGAUUCAAAUGACCCCGAGGAUAAAUUUAAAGAAGUCAUGUCGGAAUUUCACAAUCAAGCAAAAGAACAAUGUGAAUUAUUGGUGGAAAUGUUUAACAAUAUGACAAAUAUGUUUAAAGAGUUAGCAGAAUAUUAUUGUUUUGAUUUGAAGAAAACACAACUGGAAGAUUUCUUUGGUGAUUUAAGUUCAUUUUUACAACAAUAUGAAAAUGCCAAGAAAGACAACAUCAAAAGAAAAGAACGCGAAGAAAAAGAAAGGAAAGCAAAAGAAAGAGCUGUAAGUUUGUGUUCAAAUCUUGAAUGGUCAGUGUAUGUAGUCCCACAUUUAUACAAAGUGACAGAUUUCUUCAUUACCACUCGUUUCCCUCUUUAUCGAGCAUAUCACAAGAAACAUAUCAAUACAGCUUACACAUAACUUUUGGUCAUGUACUCACAACUGAGUAAUCUAUAGACCAAAUUAUAUGUUAUCUAAUUAUGCAUUCAGUUUACUCUGCCCGGCAAAGCAAGACAAACUUUUGCUAAUUUCUCAUUCAAUUUUCAUCCAAAUUUAACAAAAAUUGAAUCAAUUUGUCCUUGGGCAAUGUCCUUUAUAGAUCCACAACUUUUCUUCUUGACACGUCUGAUAUUUUUAAGUUAUCGGACAGGCACACAGACCCACCUACAGACACGUACAAAUGUUUCUGAAAUAGAGAAAUAGGUUUUUGAAUUAUGUUGUUAUGUGGUACUGCGUGUAACGUUAGAAACGUGUGUGGGCCAACAUUACGCGAUGGCGGUGUUGUUGGCAACGUAGCAGACAUAUGUCGCCAACGAUAUUGUUGUUAUGGGAUAUAUGACACACAAAGGUGGAAAAAGUAUCGGAACGUGGAAACCUUGUUCCCAGAAAUUUGGGGGAUCUACAUUUUGGAUGAAAUUUUCACAGACAUUUUUAUGUUUGAUAGAUAAUUCUCAAAAUUACACUGAUUGAAUAUCAAAAUUAUAGAAAUGAUUGAAUACCUAACUCGAUACCUGAACUACAGCGGAACUGUGUAGAAUGAAAAUAUUGGUAUAGCUUGCAGUAGUAAUUUGUUUCUAAUCUUGUGAGGCUGUAAUUACUAUGACUACUUCGAGAUUAUCUUAUGCAUGUGCCUUAUCAGUAUUAAAAGACAUAUUGCUUCAUACGACAACACAUCUUAAUCUAUAUAGUCCACGUAAGUUAAAAAGGGCAGUCAAAAACGACAAUUUUGUUCUUUUUCCCAAUAUAUUGUAAUCGUUUGCAGAAAAUAUUGAGCCGCCAGAUUCCCAGAAAAGAAACCACCUCUGGUGAAACAUGUUGUAUUUUUAUUGCAGGAAAUGGAGAAAGAAAGAAAGAAGAGAAUCGAAGAAGAGAAAGCGAACCGUAAAAAUUUAGUAGAUAUAUCUUCCGAGAAUCAAGAAGGUGUUCUUGAUGGUUUAAUGGAAGCUUUGAAGACAGGAAGUGCGUUCAGAGAUCCAUCGAGACCUGCCAGGAAAAAGAGAAAAGGUAAGGGAAAUGAGCUACAUUGAAUUAACUAAGCAGCCUUGUAUCUUCUGCGCUUGUGGCUCAAGUUCUGGAUAACACAAGCUCUGAUUUUUUGCUUUGUGGAAACAGCACAAUUACACUUAUUACAGUUGCGUGCCAUAACGUGGUGUUUCAAAAAUUACGUUUCUAUGUAAACCUACAAGGAAACAAGGUUUAGUUAAUAAAUUUAAAAAGUCCAGUUUGAUGAGAGGACAAUGAAAUAAUAAUAUCUUCAUCAAAAUUGCUUCAUAUAAUAAGGUAUUUUUAUAAUAUUUCAGGUUAUUUAACGAAUGGCACAAUACUUUUACCUCUGCUACUGUGGGUUGGGGUUAGGGUAUCACUUAGGGUGGGUGCCUUCCCUGCACAAAUUUGAGGAUACUGUGGUUUACCUCCAAUAACUAAACCUUUCACCGUUUCUCCACCGCAUUCGAGUCGGUCACGUUUGUGCAUGCUGCGUCCUUCACAAUUCAGCUUUCAGCUACAGAAGAUGAUUUUAUUACUCCCCCCUGUACCUUGGUUUACCACAUUUCUUAAAAGUGCUUGUAUGUUUCAGCGCGCCAAGGUCCAGCAGCACUGCAACGUUCAGGAACACGAACAAACAUUCCAGUUCAACAAUUAUUGAAAGAAGAAGCAAUGAAGAAUGUGAAAGAAGAUCCGGAGGAGAAAGAAAGUGCUCCAGUCAAGAAACCUCCUGCUGGAGCUGUCAAAAUGCCGGGAGCCGACGUUCUUGCCGGAGCUUUGAAUAAGAAAAAGAAUGAAGACGACGCUGAUGCUUUGCUAGCUGAGCUGAAAGCAAUCUAGAAAACAACUUGAAGAUUGUUUUACGCUUUUAAAUGCUCGCAUAGAAAGAUUGCAAGAAGCUGAGUUAUACAUAUCCAAACAGGGCUUGAAAUCUUGCAGUAUCCCGAUAUUCACAGGAUAUAAAAAAAUACUGGAUAUCCCGAUAUCAAGAAUUAAGUAUCCAUUAGGAUAAUUAAAAAAUUCUCUCCUCCACAGGCUUUCUCCCAAAGAAAGAAAACCACUACUGAAGUUUGAAUUUAGCUUCAAUGUUUUGCUACUGCUAACUGGAAUAUUGUCUAUUACGAAUAGAACUGGAACCGCUACCUUCUGACUGCCUAUCUUUUUCUUGAAGCCAAAUUUUACCUCCAGACACGCGUGUGUGGAGGUAAGAUCACGCGUGUUUAUGACAUGAUUGACUGAUUAAAACGCUCUUCGUAUGCAUGAAAAGACUGGGAGUGGUCUUCAAAUUUGGCUUCAAAUUUCCAGUUGGAGGUAGCGUUCUAGUUCUAUUCAGUUCAAUGCCAUUAUCCAAAUGUGUGGAAUGCUAUGAAUAUGGAGUGAGGAGUGCUAAAUGUUGUGUGCAUACCAGAAGUUGGUGGUAUCCAAUUGGAUAGUGCAGAAAAUUUCAAGCCUUGUCCAAAUACGAUCGAUACACGAUAGUUACAUCAAGAAAGCGUAAAUGAUAACAUUCAACUACGAGCACUUUUUAAACGCUGCUUGUCCAUGAAAUCUAAAUUGUCUUUUACAGUAGGAAACUUCAGCAAUAUAAAUUGCUGGAAAAUAUAUAGAAUUUAUUCAUAACUGACCGAAUGAAUCAUCAUUUAGGCCGCUAUAAGCUAGUUUUCAAACGAGUAAUUAAAUACAUGAAAACCGGAAUUCAUCAGGGCUUAUAGAAAUAGUUAAUUAAUGAAAGGUCUUUAAACUGUCUCAAAUCAUGACGCAAUCUAUGUUUUUUAAAACUAUUUUCCCUCGCACAUGUACAUCAUACAAUCAUGCCGUUCUUGUAAAUCAAAUAUUUGGAAAAUCGACUUGAAAAUAAAUCGUGUGCUAUUACUCUG